AUGGGAUCAGGUAGCUUGCCCUCUCCUCCCGCUGAGGAUCAUAAGUCGACUCUCUCUCGAAAGAGCACAUCGUCAAGUACAAAGUCCGUCAAGCCUGUGCAUCGCACCUCUAAAAGAGCCAGCUCAAAUGCUGCUGCAAUUCACCACCACGAUCAUGUCACACAUACAACUGGCAUGGACGGUCGACAUAAGCUUUGCACUGCUGGCGUACGAAAGAAGAUGGAAUACAAGCAAUUGCCUCGAGGUUACGCCGAGGUUCUCGAGAACACACAAUUCGCUUUAAUUGCUACCGUUCACAAGCUUUACUCAAUGGUUCGAAACAACCAAUCAUGGGACUUGGGUGAGCCCGAAUUAAACGAUCGCGGCCAGCCCGUAAUCCACAACAUCGCCCAGAAGCUCGGAUGUAUCCGUCCCAACAGCGAUAUCGAUCUUCCCGUGCAUUCGGUAUUCCCUGAAGACGAAGCUGGUAUGGCUGAGCUGGCUCGACAACUCGAGGAUCAGCAGAAGGAGCACGAGCCUCAGAAGGAGUCCAUCAAAGAUACGGAUUCUUCAGUGUGCAACCGAACCGAGCGAGCGUCAUCAUCGGAGCUCGAUCACUCCGAUAUCGAUGUCGAGUACGACUACCGAAAAGCCGCCUUUGGUAACACCAACGCCAUGACCCUUUCACCGCAGAGCUUCACAGGGUCUCCUGACUUCGACUUUGCCCCUCCACCACCUGAGAUCGACGCUUCAACUCUCUUCCCCUCACAAUCGCCCUCUAUGAACAACUUCCCCGCCUGGUCAAUGGUCAAGCCUCAACUCACCGACCUCACUAUGCAAUUUCUACAACAACAGCAACAACAAAACGGCAUGAUGGCAAAUAUGGAUAUGUUGAACCAGGGUCUUGUGGAAUCAGAAUUUGGAACAAUUAAGCCUCACGUCCUCUCCUGUCCCAACCCUGAGGUGAUGUUGGGCAUGGGCGAUCCUAUGAUCUAUUCAGGCUACGAGGGCGAGCCGAUGCGAUUAUAA